ACUUCAUUCCUUUCACAUCGAGCGUGCUGAAUUGAGAGGAACUGCGAAGCUCCGCGGGACGUCAUGACUGAUUAGAUUUUCGCCCUUUGGUUAAGAUCGUAUCCUCGGUAUUCUUUUUUAUAUAUAUAUAUAUAUAUAUAUAGCUCGUAUCGUGUUUACAGCGCCGCGUCUCAUUACUGAAUUCCAGCCAGUCGUGUGUCAUUGUUCGCGUUUCCUUUCUUCCUCUCGCCGAGCCGUUGGUUAUUAAAGAUGAAGGCUGUUACUCCAGUCCACCCCCAGGACUCCUCCUCCAGCAGCAACCACCUCUACAUGCACUAUCUGUCGAAGCAGAGCCUCAACAUCGCCCGGUUCAGGAUGGAGGAGGAGGACCUGUUCUGCCUGCAGUACGACAUGAACGACUGCUACAGCCGACUGAAGCGCCUGGUGCCCACCAUUCCGCAGGAUAAGAAAGUGAGCAAAGUGGAGAUCCUCCAGCAUGUCAUAGACUACAUCCUGGACCUGCAGCUGGCCCUGGAGACGCACCCAUCCCUCAACAAACAGCAGCAGCAGCAGCAGCCACAGCCACAGCAGCCACAGCAGCGGAGCAGCGGCACCUGCCCUCCUCCAGCCUCCUCCAACCCGAGCCGGACACCGCUGACGGUGCUCAACACUGACCACUGUCAGAGGACAUCAAUAGUGAAAAAGCCUGAUGAUUCGCUUUUAUGCCGCUGAGACCUGAGCCCUGCAUUGGUGUGCAGGCUGUGCAGCAGAGCUGCUCCAAAGCCAGCAAAGCUUCGCCAGGGACUCGCACCCAACUGGAGGCACAAUCACAAGGGGAUUUCAGAAACCGCUGGGAGGAAUUAAACCCAAAUAAAGUCAUCAUUCACAUAAGCUUUUUUGUUCCACCGGACAAAGAAUCACUGUGUAGACGCUUCCCUCUCCUGACUCCUUUUUAAGUUGAUCUAACUUUACUUCUUCCCACUUUUAAAAAUGUCUCUAAAAGAGUGAAAAGAUGGAACCCCCCCAUGCUGAGAAGUCGUCUGUCAACAGCUCUGAAAACUGUUUGUGAAUUGUGCUUAAAGAAUAGCUAAAAACCGACUCCAGUUUAAAGCUUUACUAAACUGCGAAAAUUAUUGUACACAGUAUGUUUUUUUUUUUACAUCUAUUGUUUAAAAUAGAUGAUUUGUGUUGAACAGGGAAUCUCAUCCCUGGAAUCUUACAAUGUUUCAUAUUGUAAAGAAGAACAAUUCUGAUUCGAGUCAAUUAAGAUUGUACAUAAAGAGACGCAAAUGUUCUAUAAAAGUAUGUGAAAGGAAGACUUCUAUGUUUAAAAUAGACUAUUGUAAUUAUAAGAUAUUUUUAUUAAAACCUUUUCUGUUCUUUUUUUUGUUGUCGUUAUGUAAAUAUUGUGUUUCCACGUUAUGCUCUGACGGUGACGUCCUCACACGACGGUAUCAGUUAACUCUUUGCAGUGUUUUUUGGGAUAGUUUAAUACGUAGCAUGUGCGGCUCGUUGCAGAGAUGUUUGAAUGUGCACUGAAGCAGCAGACCUCCGUGUGUGUGUGUGUGUGUGUGUAGAUAAUGUGGUGAAGUUCAACACAACUAUGAUUUGGCCUGCUCAGCUUUCUCCUUGAAUUGUUUCUUAUUCAUUAACCGCGGCAGCUUUGACGAGCUGGAGGGGAAGCGUCGGCUUGAUAUUUGAUCCUUGUGGAAAAAAAAGAAAGAAAGAAAGAAAGAAAUAAUACACCAUGUUAUAUUUGUGCUGUCAAAGUUGCUGCUUGGGAAGUUAAUGAUUAACACCAUGAAAUCAAUUCAACUUUGUUGUUUUUCUUUCUUGUAAUGAACUGAUGAAAUCUGUGAACAUUGACAGACUCUUUCUAUUGGGCAACAGUCUAUUAAUGUAUUCAGCCAAUAUGCUUGAGUUGGUACACACUGAUUUCCCUGUUGGAAGUCAGUCGCCAUUGUUAUUGUAAAGGACAGAAAAAGAAAAAAAAAAACAAAGAAAGAAAAGAAACGCCUUUAUUUUUCAUGACAUUGAAUGCCGAAUUUACCUCACCACCCUCCUGCCAGUGUGAGAGGGCACUUGUACAUUACUGUUAGCUGCACUGUUGGACUUGACCUUCACUGGCUCGUGAGGAGUUGUCAAAACAAUUAAAGUUUCCAGGAAGAA